AAGCUGUUACCGGGGGUAUAUAUAAACAGAACGCUGCUUUGAACAAGUAAAAUAUCUCUGAAACUCCAAGGGCGUUUAGUGUCCAAAAAUGGUUUAUAAAGUGGAUAAACACGGAGUGAGGACUGGAAACUCGUUUAAAAGAUGGAAUACGAAAUAUUAUCGACAGUACAAAAAACAGGCAUACAUUCUACGUUCGCACACAGUCAAUAAUGAAAAUGAAAGCCAAAGCUUCGAUGAUAUUGUCGCUUUCAAAAAAGAAAGCGUUUUGGGUGAGGGGACAAGUAUGGUCGAUGGAAUUGAAUAUUCUUUGAACAAGCAGAGAAGAUGGGAACUGCCGGAGAUACUGGAAAACAUUAUUCUCUCUUCUGAUGGCGAAAGGAAUUAUGGGAUACAACUUGUUCAACGUCACAGAAUCAAUCAAGUUGCUAACUGUUUUAACGUCUGCUCAACAGAAGGAAUUUACAAAGGUGGCGAUCUAAACACUGACCGUAAAUUCAAAAUUAAAAAUAAUGGAGGAUAUUUUCAGUCAAAUAGUGUGCUGAAACGAGCGCCAAUUCUGUCAAGAAAGAAACGACGUGACAGACGCCGGCGUCAUUUGCAGCAGGAAGAUAACAAUGAAGAACAACAGCAGGAACAAAUUGUAGAGUCAAAUAAGCUUCGCUAUGAAGUCCUUUACCCGAGUCCAGCCACCAGCUUUUUGACACAUAAAACUGAAGCUAUUGGCAUGUAUACACAUCCUGAUCCUCGUCAACGUUGUAAAAGAAGGGAACGAAUGGCCGGUCUUAUCAAGGAGUCUCUGCAGUGCAUGGACGACCCGUUCGAUGACUCAGAGGAGGAGGACGGCGUUUAUGAGGCAGAUGACUGUGGACAUGAAGAACGUGACUACAUUUUUACGCUUGACGAUAUCUUGAAACAUGCAAAUAAAGCAAAUACAUUGACAAGCGGAAAGGUGAGACAUAACAGUAACAUUAGCUCUUCUUCAGCAGAAGAAAAUGAGUUAUCGUCUUCUAAAGGUCGUAUGGUAUAUAUUGAUAGCAACGAAUCACGUGAGCUUGAUAGUAAUACAGUGAGCAACAACAGUAUUUCAACAAAAAGGAAGACAGCGAAACUACAACCAGUUCGGGUUAUUUUAAAGGACGAGACUAUAAAUCAACAAACGCUGGCUCAAACAUAUGGAAAUGAUUUUAUCGAAUGUGAUUGUUUCCCGCGCAAAUUCAUUGUUAACAUUUCCAAACAAGCAUCCCGCCUGAACAUGUUCAAAUCCUCCUGCAAAUCCAGUUUCAUCCACACAGAAGCUUGCAUUGUAUUCUUGCAUGAUGUUGAUAAUGAGGUAAACAAUUUGAAAGAAACUGUGUACAAAGUAUUUCUCAAUGCCAAUUUCGGUGAAAAUUUGAACAGCGUGCAGAUAGAAACAAUUUUUGAUUACAUGGAAACAAACGUAGAAGAAGUUGUUGAACGAACCCUUUUCUUCAUUGAAACUCUUCCCGUAGAAUCUAUAGAAUUCAACACCGAGAUUUUCAAAUAUAAAUCCACAGUUAAAGGUUCUACUCUGGAAGAAUGUGCAAAUUGGAAAGUUGAAUCAUAUCAGCCAAACAACACAUUUCUAUUUGAUUCUUUUUUGUCUCGUACUGCAUCUUCACACGACGCUGUGGACAUGGGUUUUGAAUUUAUACCUCGGUUCGAUGCAUGUUCAGAAGACAAAUCAGACAAUGUCACUUCUCCUAAGGAUCGAUUUUGCUGCAUUUGCUACUCUACUUUAGGGGACAGUGAUCUAGGGACAGCUCUUAUUUCUUGCAGUCAUUGGUUCUGCGACGUAUGUUGGAAGGAUUACCUCGAAACACAGGUCAGUAAUGGUGUUCAAGAAAUUCAAUGUCCAGAGUUUGAUUGUAGCAAAGUUGUUGAUCCUGGCACCAUUUUAACACUCAUAAGUAUGCGUGAAGUCAUAAGGCACGCGAAAUGUUGUCAUGACACUAAUGUGGAGCAACAGAAAUCUGCAAAAUGGUGUCCAAAUGAAAAAUGUGGCAGAGUUUUGAAAAGGAAUUGUGAAGAAGCCAAAAACUCACAGUGUGUAUGUGGAAUUAAGGUUUGCUUUGAGUGUCUCGAAACUCCACAUUGGCCAGCAAGUUGUGAUUCCGUCAAAACCUACUAUAAGAAACUUAGAGAAACAGGCGAUAUAGCUAUUGAACCACCAGGAAUGAGAAACCCCAUUGUUGUUCGCGGAAAGAAGUGUCCAUCAUGCCAUAGAUUCAUUGAGAAAAAUGGAGGAUGCCCAUCGAUGAUUUGUGUUUGUAGAGCUGAAUUUUGUUGGGGUUGUGGACAACUAUUGGACAGCAGAAUACACGGAUAUGAAUGCGACAAAUAUGGUUAUAAAGACUAUCAUAAUACGACUAAAAAAACCUUCGCAUCUAAAAACCCUCUUGAUCGCAAACAUCGCCAAAAGUGGUACAAGAUGGCCCUCGUACAUCGUGUCAAUCAACAUGCUGGCAGACUACACACAUUAAAGACAGCCGUAAAGCCUUUGGCCAAGAAGUUGCAAUAUUAUAUUGUUCGAGCAGAAAACCAAGGUGAAGUAGUAUCAUUCGACUUUGACUUUGCAAAUAGAACAUUUAUUAGGCAGACUGAAAGAACAGCGUAUUUCUUGAAAAAUACUAUUGACCUUUAUGUAGAAAUUAAUCACGUUGUUGAAAACACUUCUGUGUUGCUGAACUCUGAACAACUUCCGGCAGAUUACAGACAGGUUCUUCAACACAUCUCUCACAGACUUUCAAGCUUUUCAGAUGUAAUUUACGAACUAUUUUUAAGCAGUGAGAUAAUUACUGGCAAAGUUUUGUUAGAAAAAUUGAAAGAUGUAAGGUCUCAUACUCGUAAAGCGUUUCAGAGUCUUAUAAGAUGCAUUAAAUCUAUGAAAGCAUAAACACAGAUGUGGGUUUAUAAUUACCCAAUCAUGACUUUCUUUCUUUCAUAUAGAUACAUAGUAAAUAGUUGCUUUAUAAACUUACUAAUUGUGUUUGUUUUUAUCAUAUGAUUCUGAUUAAAUUCAUGGCAAUACAACUUUAA